AUGCAAUCUGCCAUUUGGAAGCUCUUCAUCUUUCUUGCUACCGCCACAGCCCAGUCCUAUACUCGGGCUGAGCAGGUAGAUGUGCAGGCUCAUCUGAUCGCCGACCCCAAUGAAGUUUCCGGACGGAAAUAUGAUUAUAUCGUCGCUGGUGGGGGCUUGACCGGCCUGACUGUUGCGGCCAAGCUCUCAGAAAAUCCCAAAAUCUCUGUUUUGGUCAUCGAGAAGGGGUUCUACGCGUCCAAUGACGGCCCCAUCAUCGAGGAUCCGAAUAACUAUGGCGAUAUCUUUGACACUUCCGUUGACCAACAUUAUGCCACCGUCGACUUAGCAAUCAACAACCAAAGCCUAAUCAUUCGGUCCGGCAAGGGUCUUGGUGGCUCGACUUUGAUCAACGGAAACUCGUGGACAAGGCCAGAUAAAGUCCAGGUCGACUCGUGGGAGAAGGUAUUUGGUAUGGAGGGCUGGAACUGGGACAACUUGGUCGGAUACAUGAACGCCGCUGAGCGUGCUCGUCCUCCAACUGCCGCUCAGAUUGCUGCUGGUCAUGCCUUCAAUGCAUCUUGUCACGGCUUUAACGGAACGAUACACUCCGGUCCCCGUGAUAAUGGCAAAAGAUACAAUCCAGUCGUGCGCGCCCUCAUGAAUACCACUUCUGCACUUGGCGUACCAACCCAAGAAGACUUCUUUUGCGGCCACCCCCGUGGGGUUUCAAUGAUUUACAACAACCUCCUGGAUGACCAAACUCGCGCCGACGCUGCUCGUGAAUGGCUUAUUCCUAACUACAAGCGUCAAAACCUUCAUGUCUUGACCGGUCAAAUGGUUGGCAGAGUACUAUUCAACAACUCUAGUCUCAAGGCCAUCGGCGUGAACUUUGGAACAAACAAGGCUGUGAAUUUUGAUGUCUACGCCGAGCAGGAAGUCCUGUUGGCUGCCGGUUCUUCCAUCUCCCCCCUUAUCCUGGAAUAUUCCGGCAUUGGUAUGAAGUCAAUUCUCGACCGCGCCGGCAUUGAGCAGCGCCUUGAGCUGCCAGUGGGUAUCAACAUGCAAGAUCAGACCACUACUAGUGUUAAAUCCAGGGCCAAGGUUUCGGGACAGGGCCAGGCUGUCUACUUUGCCAACUUCACAGAGACCUUCGGCGACCACGCUACACAAGCCAUUACACUGCUCAACACCAAGCUUGAACAAUGGGCUGAGGAGACUGUUGCACGCGGUGGGUUCCACAAUGUGACUGCUCUGAAGAUUCAAUACGAGAAUUACCGUGACUGGCUGCUUAACGAGGACGUCGCAUUUGCCGAGCUGUUUAUGGAUACUGAGGGAGACAUCAACUUCGAUAUCUGGGAUUUGAUUCCUUUCACCCGCGGAUCCACGCACAUUCUGAGUGCCGACCCCUACCUCUUGCAGUACGCCAAUGACCCCAAAUACUUCUUGAACGAGCUAGAUCUUUUGGGACAAGCCGCUGCUACCAAGCUUGCGCGGAAUCUUUCCUCGGCUGGUGCAAUGCAAGAAUAUUUUGAUGGAGAGACUGUGCCUGGGUACAAUCUGGACCAAGAUGCCAGCCUCGAUCAGUGGGUUACCUAUAUUAAGGAUAAUUUCCGCCCAAACUAUCAUGCCAUUGGAACCUGCUCCAUGAUGACGAGGGAGCUUGGUGGAGUUGUUGAUGCCACUGCCAAGGUGUAUGGCACCCAGGGUCUCCGCGUGAUUGACGGCUCCAUUCCUCCCACUCAAGUCUCUGCCCAUGUUAUGAAUGUUUUUUAUGGCAUGGCCCUGAAGAUUACCGAAGCUGUCUUGGCGGAUUACCAGUCUUAA